AUGCGCGCGCACACUACUCCUUUGACCUUUAAACUCCUGACUGGAGCAGAGAUUAUUGAUCGUACAGUAGACUCGCACCAAAUAGAUCUCCCUCCUUUCGGGAAGUACGCAACUGGCAUAUUCUUCCUGGACAAGCUCCAUCACCAGAACAUUGAAGCCAAGUUCUUGAUUCUCGCUGAGAGUCUUGGACUUAAAGUCCUCUGUUGGAGAACUGUUCCAACCAACAAUUCUACCAUUGGUCAAGUGGCUCGUAACUCGGAGCCAUAUAUGCGUCAAGUGUUUGUAACUGGCGAUAUUGACGACGAACAGCAUCUCGCCCGUCAGGUGUUCGUGUUACGUAAACGUGCGUCGCACGAGCUUAUCCUGCCCGGAGCUCGGUUCUAUAUUUGCAGUCUGUCGUUAAAAACCGUCGUCUAUAAAGGAUUGCUGACGUCCAACCAAUUAUGGGAAUACUUCAAAGAUCUGUCGAACCCCGCGUUCACAACGUACCUGGCUCUGGUGCAUACCAGAUUCUCCACGAACACCUUCCCAAGCUGGGAGAGAGCACAUCCUUUAAGGGUUCUAGCUCACAAUGGAGAGAUAAAUACGUUGCGAGGUAACGUGAAUUUGAUGAAGGCCCGCGAGGGUGUGAUGAAGAGCAACAAGUAUGGAGAAGACCUGAAGAAACUCUACCCAGUAGUGGAACCAAAUCUAUCGGAUUCUGGUUCCGCUGACUGCGUUUUGGAGUUCUUACUCCAUGCCGGAAAUCGAUCUCUCCCCGAAGCCGUCAUGACCAUGGUGCCAGAGGCAUGGCACAAUGACCAGACCAUGGACAAAGAGAAGAGAGACUACUACAUGUGGGCUUCUUGUGCCAUGGAACCCUGGGACGGGCCAGCUUUGAUUUCCUUCACUGAUGGACGGUACAUAGGUGCCAUACUUGAUAGGAACGGUCUCCGUCCAUCUCGAUUCUACGUCACAAAUGAGAAUAUCCUCGUCAUGGCCUCUGAAGUCGGCGUGUAUGAUGUUGAUCCUGAGAAAGUUAUUCUAAAGAGUCGCCUAAAACCAGGUCGUAUGUUGCUUGUGGAUACUGAGGACAAACGUAUCAUUCAAGACGUCGAACUCAAGAGAAAGAUUGCCCGAAGCAGACCGCAUUCGCAAUGGAUUCAAGAACAGAUGUCAAUGGAAGAUAUCCACAAAUCGAUACCACCGCAGAACGGUUCUCUUAACGGAGGUACCACGGAACCCAUAUCUGGUCUUUCGGAUAUGAGACUCGGUCUUUUCGGAUACACCAUCGAAUCGAUUAAUAUGCUGCUUCUGCCAAUGAUACAGAAUAAGAAAGAAGCGCUAGGAAGUAUGGGAAAUGACGCCCCACUGGCUUGCCUUUCUCAAUUCCAGCCUCUGCCAUACGAAUACUUCAAACAAUUAUUCGCACAAGUUACGAACCCGCCCAUCGACCCUUUCAGAGAGAAAAUCGUCAUGUCCCUAAUGUGCCCAAUUGGUCCCACUGCUAAUAUUCUGGAACCGAGUGCCGAGUUCGUUCAUCGACUGUUCCUGCCUCAACCAAUACUUUCUAUACCCGACUGCGAGGCUUUAAAGAAGAGUAAUUACCGGGGAUGGAAGACAAAAGUAAUAGACUGCACAUUCGAAUACACUGAUGGGCCUUUGGGCCUAGAGGCAGCAUUGACCAGUAUCUCUAAAGAGGCCCACACUGCUGCAACCGCUGGAUACCAACUUCUGGUGCUUUCUGAGCGAUUGGCCGGACCCAGACGAGUGCCAGUUAGCUCUUUGCUUGCUCUUGGUUACGGUGCAGACGCUAUAUGUCCCUACUUAGCGUUCGAGCUGGCGUUUUCACUUCGAAACGACAAUAUUCUAGACCCGACCUUAACCGACGCAGACAUAUACACGGCGUACCAGAAAUCUAUUGAGACUGGCUUGGCCAAAGUCAUGGCCAAGAUGGGGAUCAGCACCUUACAGUCGUACAAAGGAGCACAAAUCUUCGAGGCCGUUGGGCUCAGUGAGGAAGUCGUGGACAAGUGCUUUAGAGGCACGCAGUCUAGGAUUGGUGGUGUAACGUUCGAAAUAUUAUCGAAAGAGAUAUUCGACCGACAUGCUCUCACCUACGGAGAUUGUAAAGAUAUGCUGGUCUUACGGAACCCCGGAUACUACCACUGGCGCGCGGGUGGCGAAAAGCACAUCAACGAUCCGAUGUCCAUUGCCAACUUGCAGGAAGCCGCUUCUAACAAGAGCCAGUCCGGAUAUGACCGAUUCAAGGAAAGUGCGUUGGAGUCCGUCCGCGCCUGUACGCUUCGUGGUCAACUGGAGUUGGUGAAAUUAGACGAAUCCAUCCCGUUGUCCGAAGUAGAACCCGCUUCGGAGAUCGUCAAGAGAUUUGCUACUGGUGCCAUGUCCUUCGGAUCGAUAUCUUUGGAGGCUCACACGACUCUCGCAGUCGCAAUGAAUCGCAUCGGAGGGAAAUCCAAUACUGGGGAAGGAGGAGAAAACGCUGAUAGGUACUUGAAUCAGGACGCAGAAUUCAACAAGCGAUCCGCGAUCAAGCAAGUAGCAUCGGGUCGUUUUGGAGUAACAGCAUCGUAUUUAGCUCAUGCUGACGACCUACAAAUCAAAAUGGCGCAGGGGGCGAAGCCGGGUGAAGGAGGAGAGUUGCCUGGUUACAAAGUAACGGAAGACAUAGCGCGUACGCGAUGUUCCGUGGCUGGCGUAGGGCUGAUAUCACCUCCUCCACACCACGAUAUCUAUUCCAUUGAGGACUUGGCUGAGCUGAUCUACGAUCUGAAAUGUGCCAACCCUAGAGCCAGGAUAUCUGUCAAACUCGUAUCCGAGGUGGGCGUUGGUGUGGUCGCUUCUGGAGUCGCCAAGGGUAAAGCCGAGCAUAUAGUAAUCUCCGGCCACGACGGUGGAACGGGAGCAAGUUCCUGGACUGGAAUUAAAAGUGCUGGUUUACCUUGGGAGCUUGGAAUCGCGGAGACCCAUCAGGUGCUGGUCCUCAAUGAUCUUCGGUCCAGAGUUGUCGUACAAGCCGAUGGCCAGAUCCGUACUGGAUUUGACGUGAUGGUGGCAGCUCUCCUCGGUGCUGAUGAGUUUGGCUUCAGUACAGCACCUCUUAUUGCGCUUGGGUGUACGAUGAUGCGUAAAUGCCACUUGAACACGUGUCCCGUCGGAAUCGCCACUCAGGAUCCGGUGCUGAGGAAGAAGUUCGCUGGCAAACCGGAGCAUGUCAUCAACUAUCUAUUUAUGUUGGCUGAAGAGGUACGUGAACACAUGGCGGCCGUCGGAGUACGUCGCUUCCAGGAGCUGAUCGGUCGAACGGACUUGCUCAAAGUGCGUGAGAAUAACGACAACCACAAAGCCAGAGCUCUGAAUCUGAGUCUGAUACUGAAGAAUGCCUUACACAUGCGACCAGGGGUCAACAUCAUCGGAGGUUCUAAGUCUCAGGACUUCCAGUUGGAAAAGCGUCUGGAUAACCAGGUGAUCCAACAAUGCGCUGGUAUUUUGGAAGGUACUGAGAAGAAUGUCGAUGUCAGUUUAAGGAUCACCAACGAAGAUCGGGCAUUUACGUCCACUCUUUCGUACCAUAUUGCGAUGAAAUACGGUGACAACAGUCUACCUGAGGGUUCUUCAAUAAACAUAUCGCUGACCGGUUCAGCUGGUCAGAGUUUCUGCGCUUUCCUUUGCAAAGGCGUGACGGUCACUUUGGAAGGAGAUUCUAACGACUAUGUCGGCAAAGGAUUAUGCGGGGGCAAAGUUAUAAUCUACCCACCCAAGUGCUCCCCAUUCGAGUCUCACGUGAACGUGAUCGUUGGAAAUGUGUGUUUGUACGGCGCCACCUCGGGACGGGCUUAUUUCAGGGGUAUUGCAUCGGAACGUUUCUGCGUACGUAAUUCAGGAUGCGUGGCCGUCGUGGAGGGCGUGGGAGACCACGGCUGCGAAUACAUGACGGGUGGAACCGUGCUGGUGCUGGGACUCACUGGUCGGAACUUCGCUGCUGGAAUGAGCGGUGGUAUCGCGUAUGUCUACGACAUCGACGGCUCCUUCAAAGGCAAAUGCAAUCCAGAAAUGGUGGAAUUGCUGCCCUUGGAGAAACAGGAUGACCUAGACGUAGUAAGGACAUUGCUGGAAGAAUUUGUGGAGUAUACUGGAUCGAUAAUAGCUAAAGAAUUCCUAGAAACUUGGCCGGAACCAGCGAACAAGUUUGUGAAAGUUUUCCCCUACGAAUACCAGAGGGCGCUCAAACAAAUCGCUCUAAAGCAGCCUUCGCCGCCCAAGGUCGAGGCGAAUGGGAAGAUGGAGGAAAACGGUCUCGUGGAUAUUGAAGAGGCUGUAAGAGAUAUUGAGAAAGACAAGAAGAAUUUGGAGAAGAUAAUCGAUAAGACCAGAGGAUUCAUAAAAUACCCUCGCGAGACUUCGAUGUACCGUCCUGCAGAAAAGCGUUUACGCGAUUGGGAUGAGAUAUACAACUUUUCUCACGUCCGUCGCGGUCUUCGGGUACAAGCUGCCCGUUGUAUGGAGUGCGGGGUACCCUUCUGUCAGAGUCAGCAUGGAUGCCCCCUGGGGAACAUUAUACCCAAGUGGAAUGAUUUGAUAUAUAGAGCGGAUUGGAAGCAGGCGCUGGCGCAUUUGCUACAGACUAAUAAUUUCCCAGAGUUCACGGGUCGCGUGUGCCCGGCUCCAUGCGAGGGCGCUUGUGUCCUGGGUAUAUCAGAACCACCUGUUACCAUCAAGAACAUCGAGUGCGCCAUCAUCGACCACGCUUUUGACAACGGGUGGAUACAACCCGAGAUUCCAACGAAUCGUAAUGGCAAGACUGCGGCAGUUGUGGGUUCCGGACCAGCCGGGUUGGCGUGUGCGCAUCAACUUAAUAAGGCGGGGUACACUGUAAGCGUAUUUGAGCGUAACGACCGUCCAGGUGGGUUACUCCAAUAUGGUAUCCCAAGUAUGAAACUCGGCAAAGAUGUGGUCGCGAGAAGAAUCAAACUGAUGGCUGCUGAAGGCAUCUCUUUCAAGUGCAAUGUGGAUGUUGGCAAGGACAUAUCCGCUGCUGAUCUCGCGAACGAGUACAACGCGGUAGUCCUAUGCAUGGGUGCCACUUGGCCCCGGGACCUGCCGCUUAAAGGCCGGCAACUCAAUGGUAUACACUUUGCUAUGGAGUUCCUCGAGGGUUGGCAGAAGAAACAGGCUGGACCCACGCAGCAUCACGCCAAAAGCACGCAAUACAUCUCCGCUAAAGACAAGAAUGUGCUGGUUAUUGGAGGUGGUGAUACUGGCUGCGACUGUAUCGCCACAUCCCUCCGUCAAGGCGCCAAAUCAAUCACGACAUUUGAGAUUCUCCCAGAACCUAAGACGACGCGAGGACAGGAUAAUCCCUGGCCGCAAUGGCCUAGAGUUUUCAGGGUUGACUAUGGACACGAAGAGGUCAAAGUUAAGUUCGGAAACGACCCCAGGAAAUUCUCCACAUUGACGAAGGAGUUCCUUGAUGAUGGAGAAGGCAAUGUUUGCGGAGUAUCUGCCGUUGAGGUGGAAUGGACCCGUGGGGCAGGAGGCAGGUGGGAUAUGAAAGAGGUCCCUGGCACCAACAAGGUGUACAAGGCAGAGCUGGUACUCCUCGCUAUGGGCUUCCUUGGGCCGGAGAGAUAUGUUGCGAACCAACUUGAAAUACCAGUGGAUGCCCGUAGCAACGUAGAAACAGCGAAGGACAAUAUUUACAAAACUCCCGCCAGUAAUAUAUUCGCGGCUGGUGAUUGUCGCCGAGGGCAGUCGCUCGUUGUGUGGGCAAUUUCCGAGGGCAGACAGGCAGCUCGGGCAGUUGAUGUGUUCCUUCAGGGGCAAUCUUACCUACCUGGACCUGGCGGAGUUGUUCACGAUCACUAA